GCUUUAGUUCUCCCGUUAAAUUCCACAUGCCUGCCUGACAUAAACCACCCAAGGGAAGGGGAGGAGUGGCACUAGACAAGGACAUUAAUACUGUAACAUAGUAACACAAGGGGUAAAGUUGUGGAAGUUAGGGAAGGAAUUCGUUUUCAGAAAGGUCAUUAAUUAACUGGCUUGGUUACAGGGUGAGAAAAGGCCGAGACGCGCUUCCUGUUGGCUGUCUAACUUUUAGGAAUAUGAAACGGGAAAACUAGUAGACAUAAGAGAAGGUAAAAAAAAAAAAAAAAAACGUUAACGCUAUCCGGUGCCUGUCUGUUGCUUCUUUACUGAAUAUGGCAGGGACACGGACAAGAAGAGGGACUGGUUCGGAACAGUCUCGAACUGCGAGGGCAGCUGCUAUUGCUGAGCAGUUAAACCAUGAAUGCACCCUCUUAUUGGAACUGUAUAGAAAAAAGGAGACGUUCGCCGAGGAACUCACCAUCGGCGGGGACCGCCUGGUGACCGUGCCACCACUCUCCUCCCAGCUCUCGCCGAAUGACAUGUUGUGGCGCCUCUACUCCGCCCUGCAACAGUGCCGGAACCUCCUGGAGCAUGCCAUUGGCCGGGAAGAGGGGGUGGGAAACGACAGGAACAGGACCGAAUACGAGAGCCAGAUGAAAACAGUGAGGGACCGGCUGGGGCACCUGCUAGAGAGCACACGGCUCCUCCUGGCGGACGGAGCUGGAACUGCAGCCUUCACUCCUGAUCCGAAGAAUACUGAGAUAGAUGGUCCGGUGAACGGCAGCCCGUUUGCGCUAAAGCUCUGGAUCUACCGCAUCUUCAACGAGCUGGAGCACUGGACGCUCACCGCCUCCAAGACCCUGAAGGCCCUGCACCCCGACGGAGCCGCCCCCAAGGAGCGCGGAACGAGGGGGAGGCCAAGAGGGAGGAGGACCCGGAGAUGAGACAGUAGAGAUUGGGAGAAGUAGCCUGUGUUGAGGAAGGAGA